CAGGCUUUGUCCCAGUGAGGACGUUACGCCAAGAAGAGGAAGAGGAGGAUUUGGGCUGAAAACCCUAUAUCGAUUGGGCUGAAUUUUUCACACCCCAAGGAACAUUUCUAUGGGGGGCCCCGUGGGUUUGACUUCUUUUUUCUGGACAUAUAAAUAUGGGCUGGACUAGUAUAUAGUUUAUUCAUUCAUGCAUGCUUUCAUGUAUUUCAAAACUAACGUUAAACACAUAAAUGGUUUCACUCCGUUAUCAUUAAUCAUGUGAGAUUAUGUCAUGUAAGAUGGGAAUUGUUAAUUUUAUUUCGAAAGCAAACAUCUGAUUUAAUUGCAAAUUAAACACUGCGAUUUCUCAAUAACAUGAUUGGAAUACAAUAAAGAAAAAUAUUUCGAUUACGAAUGAGUGUAGUCAGUUUUGUACCUUUUAAUUCCGCCUUCUUUUGCUUACCGUAUUUUGACUACCACUUGUAAUCUUACUCAGUGGCAGUUAUCCAGUGGAACUGAGGACGAUUACAAGUGGUAGUUGUAAUACGCGUAGAGUAAUUGUUCCAUUCGUUGCAGUAGUACCUAUUGUUGCGGAAGAGGCAUUUAAGCACUUUUUCGACUAAAAUGUCACCAAGAAGCAUUUUUAAUAGUUAACGCGGCCGCGUAAAUGAAAACCACGUAAAAAAAGACCUGGCUGUACGUGGUACGACUAUUUUUUAUAUUUGAUUUACACUAAUACUGCAACGAUUGGCACACUUACCCUAUCUGUCAAAGGAUAAGCAAAAGAGGGCGGAAUUAAGGGUAUUCUGCUUAAAGGGUUCGAAAAGCCAACAACAGUAGACGUACGAUAACUGCAACAUGUUAACGUUUCACAAAAUUCGAUAAGUGCAACGUCAGACAGGCGUCAACAGCACGUCAAUUGAUGUUAAAUGAACGUAAAAUUCAUUCUACUGUUCAUUUAGGCUAACUUAGUGCACCGUUUUUAGGGAUAGCGGUGCGAUAAUUGCAAAGUUGUUGCACUUACCGGACUUUUGGUUAAAAAGCAUUGCAGUUGAAUCGUUUGCACCGACCAAACGUCUACUGUAUCUUUUUCAUUUCAAUUCAUCUCAGAUGUUUCAAAUGAAAUCCAUUUCAUAUUACAGAAAUGCAGAGUACAGCCAACAGCCAGAUAGUAGUAGCGACUAUUCAACCUGCAGAACAGAUACCUUCUCCGACACUUCAUCAAAUUCACAUCGCUCCUAACUUAUUGACGCUUAAUCCUAACGAACGUACUUCUGCGCCGGAUCCAGUAGCUAUGCAGCUAUUGGAAGAUGUCAUAGAGGAUCAGAACGUACAACAAGAUAACACGGAAUGUAUCGUGAUGAAAGUGCAAGCAGUUGACGAACAAGAAUCGGAAAGUCAUGAGUCGAUUGGAUGCUCAAAUGAUGUGGAGGUUGAUGAAAAUACCUCUCCGAAUGCGAAACAAAAGUUACCACAAGACAUCGAUUUGCGGAAAAGUUCCAAAAAACAUGCCACGUCGGAGAUGAAGUUUCGGUCUUUUGAGAUUAAUUGGAACAAAGUGAGUGACAACGUACUAACUAAGCUAAACAAUAUCCAGGAAUUUAGAGCCAAACAUCAGGGAGAACCCAUUCCGUCUUCACUGCGGUUGGCAAAGGUUGAUACAACAAAAUUAGUCAACAACGUAGUUGAUCAGCUGAGGAUGAUUGAUACAGAAAUCAAGGCGAGUGUGAUGGAAACCGUCGCUCAACAGCUCCUGCGAAAAUAUCCAUGUCUCGAAUUUGUUGAUGACGACGGUUGUGGAAACGGCAUGAGUUACGUUAUUUUCAAGCAUAAGAUGAUCAACCAUAACAAUUAUCUCAACCGUUUCAAAGAUACCUCCAAACAGAAGCCCACGUCCAGCAACAAAGGUCGACAUGUCAAAGCUGGAACUUUGAAAGAAUAUUGGAAUGUCUCUGAUAAAAACUGCGAGAAAGGAGUAUUGUCAAAACUUCGACGCGAUGAGCCUGAACUCCUUACUAGCGAGUUUUUAAGUGCCUCGCAAGCUUUCGUAAGGUACAAACUAAACGAGAGUAAGGUGCUAGGAGAGCUGCUCGCUGAAUAUCCUGUGCUUCGCCGAAGAGGAUUGUUGAGCUACCACUUCAUGCAGGCAACGGGAAUAAACGUGGAGGAUUUGCGGAAAUACUAUUGCACGAAGCGUCCAAAAAUCAUAAGUUUUUCAAAUGUAGCUGGUCGAAGUGAUCCAAAACUCGCUAAUGAUUGCUCUGAUCUGGAGGUCUUCCGAUUUCUCGCCCGUCUCGUAGGAGAAAACAUCGACACUUUGAUUAUUAACAGUGAGGUCGGCACACGAAUUGACGACAUUCGAUUGGAAUCGGCGGGCCCCUUGCUGGUAUCUGUAGAUAUGGGCCAAGGAACGUACAUGUACUAUGUAUAUGCCGACUUCACUCGGAUCACGGAAGGCACCACGGAUAUAAUUUGCGCUCUUCAGGACUUGAUGUGUACGUACUACGUACACAACUACAAAUACUUAAAAACUACAUCAAAGUUUUUGGAAUUAGUGCAGCAGUAUUUCCUGAAAAUCAUUCCGGCGACGGGCUCCAAAUCGAACGCAUACAAGGUCGGAAAUCAGCAGCGCAUUGUACAGAGGACGAUCGAAAGUCUGUCAAACCAUGACGACAAAUAGAAUUAUUGAGAACAGCAUCAAUUGAAUGCGAAAGAUGCAAUGAAACGGUGUAACAAAACAUCUAUGAAUUAGAAAAUAAGAACAAGAAUACGUUGUUUAUGUAGGCUAACUGUAGAAUAAGUUUCGUAGAUUCGUAGAAUACCAAUAAGAGUAAAAACAACAACAAAAAACAGUCAGCAUCAUUGUUGAUUGAAAAGAUGUCAGAGAAAUAUGUAACUAUAGGAAUAAACAGCGCAACUAUUGCUAUCAGCCGCUAUCAAUCAUUUAGAGUAGAACAGCACUCUAAUGUAUCAUACUGAGAACAAAAUAAAUGUAUGUAAAAUGUUAACGAAUUUUCGCGAACAAUAACUACUACUUUCAAUUCGAAAUACCCAUUCACUCUUUUUCUUGCACAUUUGGUGAAAUAUACAUUUUGUAUGAAAGGAACGAUUUGGUCGAAUUGUGAAAACCUCAAAACAGCCAUUUCAAAAUUGAAAGUGGUGUUUCCACUGUUAAUUCUGAGCGUAAUUCUUUUAGUCAAGCGAUAUUCUUAAAAACAAGAUCAAUGGGUGAAGCUUUUGUUUGUAAUUGUUGUUUCGUUAUUUUCACACGUCGAUCUACACCUUUCUCUAAUUACCAUGAUGUUGACAGAUUGCAUGAUGAAUUGCUGUUUGGAAAAGCAAUUAAGCUGAGAAUUAUGCCGUUUUUCAAUGUAAUUAUGUUUUGUAUACACUUAUGUACUAAUUUAUUCACGGAGUUACUAUUAUUUCCGUUUUUUUGUCUGCCUCUCUCUUACUCCUGUUUCAAUAGAGUUUAGGAGACGCUAAUAAAAAAAGCACAAAUAAUAGUAACUCUCUCGACAUUCUCAUUUUUGGUUAUUUAUACAGCUCCGCUUGAGCAAUCACAAAAGUACACGUCGUCGUUGAAUCUUUUUUUCAAUCGUGUAAAAUUAUUGUUCAAGGAAAAAACAUUACGAGUAAAUUUCAAUGGUCGUGUAAAUUUGUGCGAUUUUUCGCAUUCCAUUUAUGUGCAUGCUAUGUAGUUGAAAAUUAAUUGGAUUUUUCUAACU